AUGGUCUACACACUUACAGUCCACCUCUACGCAAACGAGAAGCCAGACUCAAUUGACCGAAUCAAAGCGAAGCUCAUUGAAGCUGCACGAAUCUAUCGCAAGGACAAGGAGACAAUCGAUUGGCUAGUUAUGCAGGAUGUCCACGACCCACGAGCCUUUACCAUUGUCGAGCGAUUUGAGAACGAGGGGAGCCAAAAGUAUCAUCUCGAGAACCCAUAUUGGAAGACUUUUGAUCCUUACGUUAUUCCGCUCCUCGACAAAGGAAUGGAUCUUCGCAGACAUGAAGAAUUGGACACCAGCCAGGACGUCGAAGUUCCUGUUUGA